GGUUGAAGCUUUAUCUGACCAUAAUGAUAUUAGCUGUAACUUACAAAAAUCUUUAAUGGUUUAAUUUUGGAUUGCGAGUUUAUCUUACGAGACUAUAAGGAUUGUGAUUUACCAGUAAUGUCACUUUUUUAACCCUAGUUUCGUGUCUGCUGUCCUUGACUUCGAUCUAGUUCUGUUGAAAAAUUAGAUUAGUAACAAGUAGUUUAUUAAGGGUGCUUCAGAGGGAGAGACAGUAGAGACUAAGGGUACCGGGCUGGGGGAACACCUGUUUGUAGGGGUUAAAAACCGAGAGACCUGUCGUCGCUAAUGCUGAGAUUGCUGUCAACAAAAGAUAUGUCGCCUGAUACUUUUCACCAGCGAACUGACUGUUAAAAAUACCCCUUCAUGUUACCUUGACAGAACCUGUCACACGUGUCAUUAAAAAUUAAUACUUUUUAUUCUUAUCUCUGCCUCUUUGUCGUUUGCUUCUUAAAAGGCGAGAGCAUUCGAUUUUGUAGUUAGUUUUCAACCAUGAUUUUGCGAGGGCUAUUGAUAUAUGUGCUUUUCAAUGCUGUAAAAGCCGAGUCUGAGACGACGGUAACUCGCAAAGUGUUUUUCGAUGUUUCCGAGGGAGGACAACCUAUAGGAAGAAUUGUACUUGGUUUAUUUGGGAACACAGCUCCUAAAACCGUCACCAAUUUUGUAUCUCUCGCUGGAAAUGAGUAUGGUUAUGGCUACAAGGGCAGUACUUUCCACCGAGUGAUUAAAAACUUUAUGAUCCAAGGGGGAGAUUUCACUAAGGGCGAUGGCACAGGAGGAUAUAGUAUCUACGGAGACAACUUUAAUGACGAGAACUUUGUUCUAAAGCAUUAUGGUCCCGGCUGGCUAUGUAUGGCGAACGCUGGCAAAGAUACAAAUGGAUCACAAUUUUACAUCACCACUAUCCAGACACCCUGGUUAGAUGGCAGUCAUACUUGCUUCGGAAAGGUCUUGGAAGGAAUGGAUGUAGUAAAGAAAAUCGAAGGCGUUCAAACGGGCCAAAACGAUAGGCCAGUUCAGAAAGUAGAGAUUACACAGAGCGGCGUGAUUGAUGUACCGACGCCAUUUGAAGUCGCUAAGGAAGGAGUUAAUGUUUAAAAACUUUUUUUUAUUGGUAAUUGUGAAUUGAUUGAUGUUGUUACAAAAUUAAAGGACGAUCCGUUUUCUUUAUA